GGUGGCCUUUGAUGGAUUGCUGCGUUUGUAGCAGCGUGGUGGUGGGAACGAUCGCUUACAGGCCUCCACGAAACACAAUCUGUGCUGGAUGCCUCGAGGGAGCGCAAUCGAUCCUGAGCGUGAGCAGCCGGAUCGAGCAAAAUUGGAAGCUGGGAGAAGAUGAUCGGCAACUAUCUUCCAAGAUCAUGCUACUUCACGCCUCGAAAAGGAUCGAGCAUCUGGAGCUCAUGGAAAGAGAGGCAUCGCGCAAGCUUAGAUUUCUCGAAUCGCUGGCGGUGGGAUUUCGAGAAGGGAUUCACACCGACGUGGAGCUCGUUGCCAACGAUGGUCACUCCAUUCGAGCACACCGCAUUGUCCUGGCCACAAAAUCAUCGUUUUUCAAGGUCUUGUUCGAAGUUGACGCUUGCAAAUCCGAGCACAGUGGAGCCGUGAUGGUCCCGGAGCUCCUCAACCACAGCCAACUCGAGAACUUCAUCGAGUUUCUCUACAGCGCUCGAAUCAGCGACGACGAUCUAUCCAAAAACUCGGCGUCUCUUCUCGUCGCGGCGGACAAGUAUGAUAUCCCAGCUCUGGCCAGAACUUGCGAGGAGUAUCUUACGAGCAGUGUAACUUCUUCCAAUGUGCUGGAGAUGCUCGAGCUCGCAACUCUCUGUUCUGCCGAGGCUCUCAAAGAAUCGGCAGUGAAGACAGUGAUCGACGAUUACCAAACGAUACUUUUCUCCAAAGAGUACGAAGAGUUUGCGUUGAGAUCUUCCAUGGUGGCUCUGGAGAUCUCCAGAGCUGUUAUAAGCCACCUUUCAAGUUUGAGAGAAGAAAUAGACAAGCUAUGAAAAGAGAAAAGUUUGGCAUUUGUUCUAUUGUCCAAAGGCUCUCCCUUUAUUGCUCGCCAAACGAAAGAGUACCUUCUUCCAAAUUUUCCAGCCAAAUUCAAA